CUGUGGGCGUCAGUAUCACACAGUGAUCACAGUUCACACCUGCAGUGAAGCUCCUCCCACAACAAUUCACCAAUAAAUACUGGGAAUAUUCACAUCAUCCUACAAGAGAAGGACAAACUCCAGGUGUAGCAGCUGAAAUCUGUGUGACUGUUAAAGAUGGAGUUUAUUAAAGAGGAGAUUGAAGACAUGAGUGAUCCAGAACCAUCCAGAAUAAAACAUGAAGAUACUGAGGAACAAAUAGAUCAGAUGGAAGUGAAGGAGCAAAGACAGAAACUAAAUGAAGUAAAGAAACACUGUGACUUCAAAACUCGAGGAACAAAAGCCAAAAAGCUGCACACCUGCUCACAGUGUGGAAAGAGUUUCCAAUAUAAAGGAACCCUUAACAAACACAUGAGAAUUCACACUGGAGAGAAACCGUAUACAUGCAAUCAGUGUGGAAAAAGUUUCAGACAAAAAGAAAACCUCAAGUCACAUAUUAGAAUUCACUCUGGAGAAAAACCGUAUACAUGCACUCAGUGUGGAAAGAAUUUUUCUCAAGCAUCAGGUCUCAGUUAUCACCUGGAAGUUCAUUCAGAUAAGAAGCCUUAUGUGUGUUCUCUCUGUGGAAAGAGUUUUUCAAGGCUGGGUAUGUUUAAACUCCAUCAGAAAACACAUAAUGAAGUGAAAGAUCAUGUGUGCUUUUACUGUGGGAAGAGCUUUACUAAACCUUGUCAUCUAAAACAGCACCAAAUAAUUCAUACUGGAGAAAGACCUUACAAGUGCUCAUCUUGUGACAAGACAUUCAGUUGGUUGAGAUUACUGAAAUCACAUGAGCGACUUCAUACUGGAGAGAAGCCGUACCACUGUACUCAGUGUGAGAAGAGUUUCAGAGAUGCAGCAUGUUUGAGAAAUCAUCUGCUCCAUCACUCUGGAGAAAAACCAUUUAACUGUGAUCAGUGUGGUAAAGAUUUUAUUUCAUCAUCAGAUCUAAAACGACACUUGAAAGUUCAUUCAAUUCAUGUGUGUUCUCUCUGUGGAAAGAGUUUUUCACGGCUGAGUACUUUUAAACAGCACCAGAAAUCACAUGAUGAAGUAAGAGAUCAUGUGUUUUGUGACUGUGGGAAGAGCUUUACUACAUCUACUCUUCUGAAACGGCACCAAAGAAUUCAUACUGGAGAAAAACCUUACAAGUGCUCAUAUUGUAACAAGAGUUUCGCUCAGUCUGGACACCUGAAAAAACAUGAGCGAAUUCAUACUGGAGAAAAACCUUACAAGUGCUUACAUUGUAACAAGGGUUUCACUCAGUCUGGACACCUGAAAAAACAUGAGCGAGUUCAUACUGGAGAAAAACCUUAUAAGUGCUCACAUUGUAACAAGAGUUUUGCUCAGUCUACACACCAGAAAACACAUGAGCGAGUUCAUACUGGAUAGAAGCCGUACCACUGUACUCAAUGUGAGAAGAGUUUUGAACAUUUACGAAGCCUUCAUGAUCAUAUAAAAAAAUGUUGCAAGUGAGCAACUUUUUUUUUUUCAUGUCAAAUAGUAAAUACUGUGAGAUAAAAUAUGGAGUUUUUACACUAAAUUGUCUUCUGAUAGUUAUGAGAAAUUAAAUAGAAAUACCAUCUUUGUAUUGAUUGAUCUAUUUAAUGAACACAGACAAUGAGUUUAGUUUUAAAACACAUUAAUGAUUUUUUUUUUUUUUUAUCAUUCUAUUUUAAUACUGUGAUAAAUACGGAAGAGGAUUAGGGCCAAGCAAUAAUAAAAAAAAUUAAACUGUAAAAUGUAAAAUUAAGCGAGAUUAAACUCGUUAAAUUUAGAGAAAAAAGUCUAAAUAAAACGUAGAGAAUAAACUCAUUAAAUUUUGAGAAUAAAGUUGCUAUGUCUCGAGAAAAAAAUCGUUAAAUUUCGAGAAAAAAGUCGCAAUGUCGAGAAUAAACUCAUUAAAUUUUGAGAAAAGUCGUUAUGUUUCGAGAAAAAAGUCAAUAAUAAAAUGUCGAGAAUAACCUCAUUACAUUUUUGAGAAUAAAGUUGUUAUGUUUUGAGGAAAAAACUCGAGAAAAAAAGGUGAAAUGUUGAGAAUAAACUCAUUAAUUUUUAAGAAUAUAGUUAUGUUUUGAGAAAAAAGUCGAUAAUAAAAUGUCGAGAAUAAACACGCAUUCGAACAGUGUCUUGUUCAUUGCAUACUGACAGAAGACAUGACAGAGUUGGACGCUUUGUGCCAUGCGACGAAACAAUAACAUGAAAUCAAUAAGAAGAUCCUGAUCACAGAAACUAAUAGCAGGGUUAGGUAAGAAUCUAAACGUAUUUUAGUUUUUCUCGAUUGCUAACACGUUAUAAGUGAUUCAUUUGGCCCAGAUUCCCAAACCAUUCAUUCAGUUCUCAAAACAAAGACACAUUUCUUAAAACGUUUAACAGUGACAACAUGAGGUAGCAAAACUGACGACACACCAGUCAAAAUCUGAGAGAGAGCUGAAUGAAUAAUUUACAGGGGUUUAAAACUUACACAUACAGUAUAAUUACAGUACACAGUACCAGUACUUUAGAUGAGGGAAAUUUCACUAUUCUAUAUACAGUAAAUGAGCACGUUGUACACCCUCAAACUUGUGACUGUCAACUUUCUUUGUAGCCAUUUUUAUGCGUACUGUAUUUUUGCAGAGCUAAGAAAUGACUGCCUAAGGAUAUAGUCUUGUGACAGAAGACCAAUAUACUGCUAUAGUACUGUAUACCUGUGGCGUACGGUCCAUAUAAGCUGCGAAUGCUCUGCAUACCCAAGCCAUUCUUGGACUCGGCAGUUAAUAUUAACAUUAUAAAUUACUAUUAAAUCCCUUGUUUGGGGUGUACCAUAAUUGGUAAUGUGUUUGUAACUGUCCGUAAUUUAUUUAUUUGCCAAACGACGGUAAUUUUCCUUAAAUCUGCCAGUUACGGAGACUUCCGGGUAAGCUGAUCUACAGCAGCUUUUGCGCCUUCGCGCUUUUGUUAUGGAACGUCAUCAUCGUCCCGCGUUCUCAUUGGUUUGCUGGCCUAUGGCGAAUUACAUGGCAGGAUGAGCUGUGAGCAGAUCGCUCAUGUUGAAAAAAUCCCCAACAAUGCAGAGAAUGAGGAAAGGGUAACAUCUUCUGUUUCAAGCUUGUGUAUUAAAUUACACAGUGGUGUGGGAAUUCAUGACAGCAUUGAUAAAGCACAACUCCCUCACACCUUCAGCUCUUAUAUAUCCCUAUAUAAGAGCUUUACUACCACUGAACUUUACUGUGGGAACCAGGCACUUCUCACUGUACUCCUCCUCUAGCAACACCAUAACAUUUUGGAUGCUGUUAGAUCCAAAAUGAUCGAUUUGGUCUCAUGAGACCAGAGUAUUGAUUCCCAGAAUCUAUAUUUUGUAAAUAUGGGCUUUGGAAAUGGCUAUUUGGGUAAUGGGUAUUUCUCCUGCUCUUUGUCUAGCAAAAAAAUCCCUCAUCACUAAAUGAAAGCUUAAAAUGAAGGCCUGAUUAUUUCAGGGGCCUUGUCACAAGUCCAUUGUUUUUGAAUUUCUGUUACUUUUGCUAUAUUUUCACACUUAAAACAAUGAUUUGGUAAUCCUCUUAUACCACUGUCCUCUUUUGUGCUAAGAAAUAAGUCUCCUGACAGUUCUCUCCCAAAUUCUUCCACUGUUGUUAGCAUUAAGUCUGAGAAUAAUUCAGUGGGUUAAAUACACUUUUAAUUGUCAAGAAAUUACUUCUCUUUAAAUGUUUUAGUUCAACAUACUUACCUGUUGAUCAAACAUUGCCUUAAACUUACAUCAGAAAAUUUUUAUUUCGUUUUAUUUAGUAACUUUUAGGAGGGUGUACUCAUUUUUGCUACACAACAUUUUAUCACCUUGAUAAGCAAGUCUUAUUUUCCUGAAUAAUUUUAACAUGCUUCUUUGUUAAUUGAUUAAGCAGACUUGCUGGAACAUUAUAUCUCUAAAGAACCCUAACAUGUCUUCUAAGUAAUUGAGUAAUUGCUGACUUUCAGAAGUUUCAGAGGGGGUGUACUCAUUUAUGCUGUGCACUGUUUAUUUAUUAUAAUUAUUAUUAUAUUUUUUAUUUAUAAUAGGCUGCUAAUACUAAUUAUGUUACACUUAUUUUUAAUUAUUAAUUUAAAAGGUACUUCUGGCAUACAUUUAAAUUGACGCCAUGGUGUUUCUUAUUUGUUGUGUCUGAUUUAGAUCUGUGUCCUAAACUGAUACAUUUAAAGGUGAAGUAUGUUGUUUGUGUGACACUAGCGGAUUACAAAAAUACAGCAUAUUUUGCAAAUUUCACCUUUCGCAUGUCGCGCCUCUGUCGACUCAAACAUCACAAAAGCUCUUACAGGUGCUUGUGAAGGCACGUCUCAACAGGUAAAUAUGGGCUACUCUCAAUAAGAGGUCCAACAUAUUUGAAAUACUUUUCACUGUGUUGCUAUUUGUCAUGAGCAAGCAAAUGAGUAAACUAACACUGAGAACGCGAGCGUCUCGCAUAUUAGCUAUAAACCCAUUCAACGUAACUGCAUUGGCCACAUUUUUUUUACAUGACGCACCACCCAGCAUACCCGGUUAAAAAAGUCACUGCUCACCACUGCUGUAUACUAUAAUGAAAUUGGGCCAAAUGUGCAGAGGAUGCUGAAUUUACUUUUUUUUUUACUGUACUGUAAUUGACAGUAUACUGUAUUGUGGUGCAUACUGUGGGAUUACAAAUUUAAGAAUCUGUUUAAGAUCUGCUGAUCCUACAUCCUGACAUAACAUCAUAUGAAAUACUAAGGUGAAGUACAUUGUAUUUAACAUUUUGAGGUAAAAAGGAUGACUUUCUAAGAAAAUCAAGUCAGGCAGCCCAGGUGUCUUUAUGCACUUCCUGACCAUUUGGCAUGAUAAGCUCAAGACACAGCUCUGCCUUUGUCUCUAUGAUAACGUGAAGGUAUGGGCCAUACUGUCAGACUGAUUGGGUUAGCACCUAUGCAUUUGAAUGCUUUGAUCUUCCUACUGGAAGUCAAACUAUGUGUGAAUGUUUACAUAGUCUUAGUUCUCGUGACCAGCUACUGUUUAUACCAUUUGGGGUACUAUUAUCUACACAGUCGGGGGUAAUUGCCUGUAUUGUCUUUAGAUGCUUUUGUUUUAGUGGUCACUUCUAAGGCUGUGUGUAAGGGCAACACCUUUAAGGACUGCCCACUGAAUGCCUAUAAAACAAUCAUGUAUACACUGCCUUAGUUAGACUUGGAUGACUACAGUGACGCGUUUCUCAAUAAAGAGUAACUUCUGCUUGAAAGAUA